AAGACUUAAAUUUUAAAAAAGAGUGAAAUGUAAAAACAUCAAAAAAACGACAGUAAAAUAAAGCUUGUUUAAUAUUAAAAUCGAGAAAAACAUUUAUUUGUCAAAAAUUAAACUUUUAACAUUCCUAAUAACUAAAAUUACACAAAGGACUGAUAAAAACUGAUUUAAACUUUCAGUAGAUAAAAUGAAGGGAUGGUUCGAUGCUUUUCGAGAUGAUGGAGCUCCGACACUUUAUUCUUUUUCAAAUCGAACACCAGUCAUUGGAGAUGUCAACAUAAUUGUGGUCUCAAUUCUCUUUGCGACAUUUUAUACUGCAUUUUUAGUCAUCUUCCCAGGUGUCCGAAAACAAAAAUUUUCAACCUUUAUAACAGUCACACUAAGCUUGUUUGUUGGCUUAGUAAUAUUUGUUGGUCAAUUAGGCUCAUCAUGGCAUGUUGCACAUCAGAACAUUAUUGCACCAUACAAAGCGUUUUCGAAAGAAAAAAUUCCAGCUCGUAUAGGUGUUCAUAUCGGUCUGAUGCAUGUCAAUAUAACAUUAGCAGGUUUAGCUGAUGGAAAUUCAUCUUCAGCACCAGAUAUUGAUUUUAACGAGCGCUUUAAUUGGAAUUUGGCAAAUGAUAUGGAAAACUCAUAUAAAAAUGCUUUAAAGAGGGGACUUCCUUAUCCAAUAUUGACUGUUGCUGAAUAUUUUAGUCUUGGGCAAGAAGGAUUUGCAUGGGGAGGCCAGUACAGAGCUGCUGGAUAUUACGCAAGCAUAUGGUUAUGGGGAGCAUUAGCAUCAUGGCUUCUUAUGAAUCUUCUUUUAACAGCUGUUCCACGAUAUGGAGCAUACGGAAUGUGUUUGACUGGCUCACUUCUUUUUGGUGCCGUCAUUGGAUAUUAUUUUAUGCUCCCGAAACCACCAUUAACGAUUUACAUUGAAGGAGUAAAAAUUGACUUUACAUUUGGUUGGUGCUUUUAUUUAGUAUUAAUAGCAGCAACAUUAUGCUUCUUCAUUGGUUUAAUUAUAUCAGCUAUUGAUCUAAUAUGGCCUCAUGAAUAUUCAACAAUCUUAGAAGUUUAUUAUGGCACACCAUAUGAUCGACAUGUAAUUCUUGAAGAAUCUCAUGAUGUUCGCUAUCGAAAAAGAAAUAGCAAAGGUGGUUUAGACGAACCAAUUAGUCUUGGAUCGAGAAUCCUCAGACGAUUAUCGUCGAAAACACGAGAGCAAACAUUGAGUGAUAUAAACAAAUUAGGGAUAGACAAUCAAGCAUUUCAGAAAGAUCAAGUUCCUAAAUCUCCUUGGAGAUAUCCUUUUAGAAGAACUCAAGUACCACCAAUGAUUCGAACUAUUUCUCAAGAUUCAACCUCAUCAAUUGCAUCAGCAGCAGCACACAUUCAAAAUGCAGCAGCUGCCAUUCCAGGAAGUAGUUCGCAUUCAUUGAGACGAGAUGCUCUGUCACGAAUGUUGCCUCCACGUCCACCGAUUGAUAGAAAUAGAGAUAAGGAAAAGGAAAAAGACAAGCCUCCAGCAAUAGAACUGACAAAUUGGUAGAAAAUUCAAUUCAUUUUUCAUAAGUUUGACACUUUUGUAAGUGCUUUUUUAGUAAUUAAGUAAAUCGAGUUAAUAAUCGUGUGAUGAUUAUGUGAUAUUAACUACUAGAAAAAAAUUAUUGUAUAUGUUUUUAUUUAUAAUUACCUGAAGUUUUAUUUUUGAAGAAUUUGUAGUAGUUUAAAG